AUGGAAGGCGAGGCGAUGGACAAGCUGGAGGACAUGGCGUCGGUGUACGACUUCGACCCCAUCACGGGGAACAUCCCCGCCACCAAAGUGGAAAUCACCGUGUCGUGCAGGAAUUUGUUGGACAAAGACACGUUCUCCAAGUCAGACCCACUGUGCGUACUCUACACCCAGGGAGUGGAGACCAAACAGUGGAGAGAGUUUGGCAGGACUGAGGUGAUAGACAACACACUGAACCCUGAUUUUGUUAGAAAAUACAUCUUGGACUACUUCUUUGAGGAGAAACAAAGCCUUCGCUUUGACUUGUAUGACGUUGACUCCAAAAGCCCAGAUCUGUCCAAACAUAAACUACAGCUAAAAGACUUCUUGGGGCAGGUUUUCUGUACUCUCGGGGAAAUCGUUGGAUCACCUGCCAGCCGACUGGAGAAGCCGCUGGGAGGGAUCCCAGGGAAGAAAUGUGGCACCAUUAUUCUAUCUGCAGAGGAGCUGAGCAAUUGUCGAGACAGCGCCACUAUGCAGUUCUGUGCCAACAAGUUGGAUAAGAAGGACUUCUUCGGCAAGUCGGACCCUUUCAUGGUCUUCUACAGAAGCAAUGAAGAUGGAACGUUUACUAUCUGCCAUAAAACAGAGGUUGUGAAAAACACAUUGAAUCCGGUGUGGCAGUCUUUCGCCAUUCCAGUCAGAGCCCUCUGCAAUGGAGACUUCGAUAGAACAAUUAAAGUGGAGGUAUAUGAUUGGGACAGGGAUGGAAGCCAUGACUUCAUUGGGGAGUUUACGACCAGCUACCGAGAGCUAGCUCGAGGGCAAAGUCAGUUCAAUGUCUACGAGGUGAUCAAUUCAAAGAAGAAAAUGAAGAAAAAAAAAUACGUCAAUUCUGGAACAGUCACCCUCUUGUCAUUCUCAGUGGAGUCGGAGUGCACUUUUCUUGAUUACAUCAAAGGAGGGACUCAGAUCAAUUUCACUGUGGCCAUUGACUUUACGGCAUCUAAUGGUAACCCCUCUCAAUCCACCUCAUUGCACUACAUGAACCCCUACCAGCUGAAUGCAUAUGCAAUGGCCCUGAAAGCCGUUGGAGAGAUCAUUCAGGACUACGACAGUGAUAAGAUGUUCCCUGCACUGGGCUUUGGAGCCAAACUGCCCCCUGACGGGCGAGUCUCACACGAAUUCCCUCUGAAUGGCAACAUAGAAAACCCCUACUGUAACGGUAUUGAGGGGAUCCUGGAAGCAUACCAUCAGAGUCUGAAGACUGUCCAGCUAUAUGGUCCAACCAACUUUGCCCCUGUGGUCAACCACGUUGCCAGGUAUGCAGCAGCGGUGCAGGAUGGAUCUCAGUACUUUGUGCUCCUCAUCAUCACAGAUGGUGUCAUAUCCGACAUGGCCCAAACCAAGGAGGCCAUUGUUAAUGGUGCCAAGUUGCCUAUGUCUAUCAUUAUAGUCGGCGUGGGUCAGGCGGAGUUUGACGCGAUGGUGGAGCUGGAUGGUGAUGACAUCAGAAUCUCCUCUCGGGGGAAGCCAGCCGAGAGAGAUAUUGUUCAGUUUGUCCCUUUCCGUGACUAUAUGGACCGGACCGGCAACCACGUGUUGAGCAUGGCACGGCUUGCUAAAGAUGUACUAGCGGAGAUUCCUGACCAAUUCAUCUCAUACAUGAAGAGCAGAGGAAUCAAACCAAACCCAGAACCACCGCCCUACACGCCUCCUGGACAUACACACCACCACACACAGAUCUGA